UCUAGGCAGCUGCAACCUCUGAUUAUCAGUGACUAUAGAAGGUUGCAGGAUUUUCAGACCCCUAGAAAAGAGCUGUUAUUCUGGGCAAGUACUCUGAGAUUGAUUUGAGAGAGAGAGAGAGAGAGAUUGAUAGAGGUUGGCUUGUGUUGAUAGGAUACCAAAGAGAAGGGGAAGAAAGAGAGAGGAAAAGGAGCAGAGAUGAAAGGGUGAGUUGUCAAACGAGAGGGAAACGUGCCCCUGUUUUUAACUAAUUGAAAAGAAAGCAAGUGAUUGACAAGAAACCAAAUCACUUGCUUGCGAAGCAAGAACUAUCCACCAACGCAAAGAUAGUAAGGACUAAGGAGAAACCCAAGAAAGAGUAGCUUCUAGCUUCCCUUUUUCAGGGAACUGAUUUUUUUGGCUGGCUAUUCUCACCUUCUUAAAUCCGAGCAACAACAUUCAUGGCCUCCUAGUCCUAAAGUGGAGUGAUCAGGAAAAAUCUCUCUCUCUCUCUCUCUCUCAUAAUAGUCACCAUAAUCACUUGAGCUCUGAAGAAUGAAGGGAAGAUUUUGUUGUUUUAUUAUUAUAGCUCUGCAGAUUGUGCGUUGGACUUCGGCGACAAGUAGGUCUCUUCCACUGAAUGCUAGUGUUGGUGCUCAUAAUCAAGGGCCAGACCAGAGCUCAGAGUCUUUAACCGUUACCUUGGCCACAGGAAAGGGUUUCAAAAGCGCGAAUGCAAAGAUGAAUGAAGAAGCAAAGUACAAAGGGGUAAACAACAUAGGGUCGAGGCCACCAAGCUGUGAGCACAAGUGUUAUGGGUGCGUUCCAUGUGAAGCCAUUCAAGUACCCACCACAAGCAGACACAGGAAUGUGGGCAUCCAGUAUGCAAACUAUGAGCCAGAAGGUUGGAAAUGCAAAUGCGGUCCUUCCUUCUACAGCCCAUGAAGGCCGGAAUGAAGAAUACCAUUAGACAUUCCAACAUAUAUCUCUGCUCUCACUCUCAAGAGUCAUUUCUCUCUAUGAACUUAACAUUGUUAACAUUUACUGUCAUUGUACAAAAGCUUUUCUUUAAUUAGCUCGAAAGAAUCUCCGUUUGGGAGGCAUGGGCCGGAAUUUGAGUUUUUUGGUAAAGAAAAUGUGUUUUGCUGAAGUACCGAUCGAGGAAUGAGAAUUUUCUAGUGUUACGUUGAUGGUAAAGGUCUACGGUUGGUGUGUUCUUGCGACUAUAAUUUCUAGUGUCAUGCCAUGUUUC